UGAAUUGGUAGUUCAAAAUCUUCCAAAUUUGAAAUAAAUCGAAAAGAGACUGUGAUUGAAUCCGAAAAUCAAUUCGAAACCAGCUCAGAUAAGAAGAAAGAUUCACAUAAAAAGUGCAGUUAUUUGUAGAUCCAUAAACAUGGCGGAGGCUGCGGUCUUAGGGAUGAUACAAGAUCUUGAGAGUACGUGUGCUGCAUGUACAGAUACUGACAAGAGUGGGGUGUUCGAGGAAAAAAUUGAAGUGCUAAAAGAUAUGUUGGAUUUCUUGAGAGACUUAAAAAUGGAAAAGAGGAGCAGCCUAAAAUAUUUAAUUGCUGACUUGGUCGAGUUAGCUCAAGAUGUCAAAUAUGAGGAAUACGAAGUUUCGUACCUCAAUGCUGAGAUACAGAUGACAAAGACGCAGAUGACAAACUUUGGAGCUGAAGUGAAAAAUGUUGGAGACGAAGAAGAAGAAGCAGAGGAAGUUGUGGUGGGGUUGGAGGAAAACGUGAAGACAUUGCUUGACAGAGCGAUUUUAAAUAAAAAUAAGUACUUACGAAUUUUAGCUAUAAAGGGUAUGAUUGGAAUCGGGAAGACAACUCUGGCCAAGACAACUGUACAAGGCCGGGGCUGGCAAGUUCCAGCGUCAUGCCUGGGUAUCCAUUUCUAGGGACAUAAGUAAGAAAGAGAUUCUUAUGAAACUGAUACAGCAAAUGGUGGAAGGAUAUGAAAGAGAUCCGUCAUUGGAAGAAAUGGACAACCGGAGCCUCCAACGGAUGCUUGGUCAGCACCUGCAAGGAUCGUCAUGUUUCAUAGUUUUGGACAAUGUGUCGAGAGGAAUGGAAUUGAACUACAUCUUGAAUUGUCUUCCAUCUAGAGGCCGUCUUCUAAACAGGUUGAUGUUGCUGUUAACAAGUCGCUAUGAGUUUAGAACAGACGUCUAUUAUACUUAUGAGAUGAAAGCUUUGGAUUCUGUUAAGAGCUGGCAAUUGUUUUUGAAAACAAUUGAUAAAUUUACAAGUGAUGGGAACAAAUUCUCAAAGGAUUUGGAGAGGAAGGGGAAAGAGAUGUUGAAAAAAUGUUGGGGUGUGCCGAUAGCUAUAAUAGAUGUUGCAAAGCAGAAAUCAAAACAAAGACUUUCGGGGAUGGCAUGGGAAGAACUUUUUGAUUCAGUUGAUUUGAGUGAAUCAUUGAAGUCAUUGGAACCGAUGUAUCAAGAAUUGGAGGAAGAACUCAAGCCACAUUUCUUGCAUUUGUCCCUUUUUAAGGAAAAUGCAAUAAUCAGAGAAGAAAAGGUGAAAACUAUUUGGGCUGUAAAUGGAUUAAGUAGUGGAUCAGUUGUAAGGGUUUUUGCUGAUGGAUCGAUUUUUGAAGUAGUGAAGCAGCACUUUACAACAAAAAAGAUUCGCCUCAAUCCUCUGUUGCACAUGAUAUCAAUCCAAAAAGCAGAAGAGGAAAUCUGCUUAGAGAUCUUAAGGAGCAAUGGAAACAAUAGGCUAUCUCAGAAUGCCCGUCAUCGUGUUAUCCAUUGUGGCAGAGACAAGUUUGAUCCUUUCACGAAUGAAGAUAGCAAACAACUAAUUUCUCUUAUCUUCCAUGGAGGUGGUCGCUACUUGGACGAUGCUAGCCAAUCUUAUUGGAAGACUUUUGGAGUCCUCAAGAUACUCGACAUAGAAGAUUUUGGGGUGAAGAAGACUUUACCAAAAACAAUCGGCACAUUGAUUGAGUUAAGGUAUUUGGGAUUGAGAAACAAUUACAUACAAGAGAUCCCACACUCGUUCGCGAAUCUGGAGAACCUUGAGGUUUUUGAUAUAGCUCUGAACUUUAUGGUGGAGAUUCCAAAUAUUAUAUGGCAAAUGGGCAACCUUCGUGAUCUCCACAUGUCGGAUGCGAUUUUUCGGAAGCCUUUGAAAGUAGAUGCAUUGCAGAAUCUGAAGACCCUAGAAUAUAUCUCGAUUUAUGAUUGGACAUAUGAGGACCUGAUCUUCGGGAGAAUGCAUACACUUCAAAAAUUGGGCAUUGAAGAAGUUGAUAAAAUGGUGGAUGUAGGCAAGCUCUUUGCAUUACUAGCUAAGUUUCCGAACUUUUAUGUGCUUUCCGUAAGAGGGUUUCAUUAUAGAAGCAUGCCGUGUUUGGAAGGAAUUGGUGUUAUAAAAGGACUCGAGGUACUAAAACUAGAUGGGCACCUAUGUUGUCUACCAAGUGCACAUAAUCUACCUAAAUGGAUUAGGUACAUAGCGUUGGUAAAUACUUGUCUUGAUGAAGACCCCUUGCCAAUAUUAGAGAAGCUCGGACACCUAAGCAAGCUCAAACUCCAAAAUGCAUACACUGGUCGAGAAAUGGUGAUCCAGAAAGGUGGAUUUCCCAGGCUCGAAGUGCUUUGCAUCAAUGAACUGUGGAAUCUUAGAAAUAUACAAGUUGAUGAUGAUGCAAUGUCGAUUGUCAGGGAACUAGAAAUCAAUAACUGUCCACAUCUGGAGACACUCCCGGAACAGAUUCGGAGGAUGUCUAAACUGCAAAAGUUUAAGAUGGUAACAACAAAACACAUUGCAACAAAGAUCACAAAUUCAGGUUUGACGUCCGAAAUUAUUGAGGUGGAUAUCCAUCCAUAGUUUGAAGUUGAUAUAUCUAUCUGGUUAGUUUGACUGUAUUUUUUCCUUCUUUCAUUUUCCCUUUGUUUAUUUGCAAAGUCGAACAAUAAGUGUACCUCGACGAGCAGAGAGAUAGAGGCUGAACUCACCAGCUCGACCACUUCUUCACACCGCUGUCGCUCCCCCUGCAAAGUUCAUCAACCACGGUAUCUUGAAGAUUUUGUCUAAGAUUGUUUCCUUGAUUUAUCCUUGAUUUUUGGUUUCUAAUUAAUGUUCAUGUAUCGAGUCGAACAUAAAUAUAAGCUCCAUUCGGGAUUUUCUUUGUUGGUCCUUUCUCUGAGUGCAAAAGAAAUAAGUACAAUAUAAUUUGUCAA